UUGGCAUUUAAUUAAAAAAAAAAAAAUUUCCCCCCUGCACCCGAGGGGUCCUCCCCGGCGCGGGCGCGGGUCCGGGGCGGCCGGGCCGCGGCGCGGGGCGGCGGCAGGGGCCUGGCGGAGCUGCCGGGCGGCCGCCAUGCGAUCAGGCAGUGCGCUGACCGGCCCGGCCGGUCGGCCCCUUCUGGGUCCUCCCUGUGCAGCCCGUGCGGGGCCGUCUCGGAGACCCCGCGCCGACGGCUGCUCAAACAUCAGGCUGGCUCUCGAAAGCACCCUCCCCCCGUCCCCAGCCGGGGGCCCCGUGUAAAGCUGGAGUGGACGCCCCCCUCCUUCCCUUCAUGAUCCGUUCGUAGCUCAGUGGCGAUGGAUGAUGAGGACGGGAGAUGCUUACUAGACGUGAUCUGUGACCCCCAGGCCCUCAAUGACUUCUUACAUGGAUCCGAGAAGCUCGAUGGUGAUGACCUCCUGGAUAACCCCGGGGAGCCCCAAAGUGCCUUCUAUGAAGGUCCUGGGCUCCAUGUCCAAGAAGCUUCCGGCAACCAUCUGAACCCAGAGCCCAGCCAGCCAGCGCCCAGCGUGGACCUUGACUUCCUGGAAGAUGAUAUCCUGGGCUCGCCAGCCGCGGGGGGCGGCGGGGGCGCCGGAGCGGCCGAGCAGCCAUGUGACAUUCUACAGCAGAGCCUGCAAGAGGCCAACAUCACCGAACAGACGUUGGAGGCCGAGGCCGAGCUGGACCUGGGCCCCUUCCAGCUGCCCGCCCUGCAGCCCGCAGACGCCGGCUCUGGGGCGGCGGGCGCUGGAGGGGCAGCCCCCGUGGCCACUGGGCCCCAGGCCCUGUUCCCGGGCAGCGCCGACUUGCUGGGGCUGCAGGCACCCCCCACUGUGCUGGCCCACCAGGCGCUGGUGCCCCCGGCGGACGUGGUGAACAAGGCGCUGAGCGUGCAGCCUUUCCUGCAGCCCAUGGGCCUGGGCAACGUGACGUUGCAGCCCAUCCCUGGGCUCCAGGGCCUGCCCAAUGGCAGCCCUGGGGGCACGGCAGCCGCCACGCUGGGCCUGGCGCCCAUCCAGGUGGUGGGCCAGCCGGUCAUGGCCCUCAACCCGCCUGCCUCGCAGCUCCUGGCCAAACAGGUGCCCGUCAGCGGCUACCUGGCCUCGGCGGCCGGUCCCUCGGAGCCGGUAACACUGGCCUCGGCCGGCGUCUCCCCACAGGGAGCUGGCCUGGUCAUUCAGAAGAGCCUGCCAGCCGCCGUGGCCACCACUCUCAACGGGAACUCUGUGUUCGCGGGGGCAGCAGCCGCAGCCACAGCGGCGGCCAGUGGGGCGCCCUCAGGACAGCCGCUGGCGGUGGCCCCCGGCCUCGGCACGUCGCCGCUGGUGCCUGCACCCAACGUGAUCCUGCACCGCACACCCACGCCCAUCCAGCCCAAGCCCGCCGGGGUGCUGUCCUCCAAGCUCUACCAGCUGACUCCCAAGCCCUUUGCCCCCGCGGGUGCCACGCUCACCAUCCAGGGCGAUGCCGGGGCUCUGCCGCCGCAGCCCAAGGCCCCCCAGAACCUGACUUUCAUGGCGGCGGGCAAGGCGGGCCAGAACGUGGUGCUGUCGGGCUUCCCUGCGCCCGCCCUGCCUGCCAACGUCUUCAAGCAGCCCCCGGCCAGCACCCCCGGGGCCGCCCCGCCACAGCCGCCCAGUGCCCUGAGCAAACCCAUGAGCGUCCACCUGCUCAACCAGGGUAGCAGCAUUGUCAUCCCGGCCCAGCACGUGCUGCCCGGGCAGAACCAGUUUCUGCUGCCCGGCGCCUCGGCCGUGCAGCUGCCCCAGCCGCUCUCAGCCCUGCCGGCCAACGUGGGGGGCCAGAUCCUGGCGGCCGCCGCGCCCCACGCUGGCGGGCAGAUCAUCGCCAACCCCAUCCUCACCAACCAGAACCUGGCGGGCCCCCUGAGCCUGGGCCCCGUGCUGGCGCCCCACUCGGGCCCGCACAGCGCGGCCCACAUCCUCUCGGCCGCCCCCAUCCAGGUGGGCCAGCCCGCCCUCUUCCAGAUGCCCGUGUCGCUGGCCGCCGGCAGCCUGCCCACCCAGAGUCAGCCGGCCCCCGCUGGCCCCGCCGCCACCACUGUGCUCCAGGGGGUCACCCUGCCCCCCAGCGCCGUGGCCAUGCUCAACACCCCUGAAGGGCUGGUGCCACCUGCCAGUGCCGCCGCCUCUGGGGAGGCUACGCCAGUCCUGGCGGUGCAGGCGGCGCCCCAAGCGCCCCCGGCGGUCAGUACGCCGCUGCCGCUGGGCCUCCAGCCGCAGGCCCCGCCGCCCUCGCAGGCCCCCGCCCCGCCUCAGGCCUCCACCCCACAGCCCAGUCCGGGCCUGGCGGCCAGCCCAGAGAAGAUCGUCCUGGGGCAGCCGCCAUCGGGGGCCCCCGCCACGGCCGUUCUCACUCAGGAGCCCCUGCAGAUGUUCCUGCCCCAGGAGAGGAGCCAGCAGCCCCUCUCCAAAGAGGGCCCCCACCUCUCCGUGCCCGCUUCGGUCAUAGUCAGCGCCCCACCUCCCUCACAAGACCCAGCCCCGAGCACCCCCGCCAGCACAGGAGCCGGCCCGGGCCCGCAGGCCCCCGACAGCCAGGCUGCCCCGGCAUCGGGCCCCCAGAUUCCUGCAGCGGCUCCCCUGAAGGGCCCCGGCCCUGCCUCGUCCCCCUCACUACCUCACCAGGCCCCCCUGGGGGACAGCCCGCACCUGCCCUCCCCGCACCCGGCCCGACCCCCUUCUCGGCCCCCCUCCCGCCCACACUCCCGGCCCCCCUCCCAGCCCCAGACCUUGUCCCGCCCGCCCUCAGAGCCCGCCCUGCACCCCUGCCCCCCGCCCCAGGCCCCCGCCCCCCUGCCGGGCAUCUUUGUCAUCCAGAACCAGCUGGGUGUCCCCCCACCUGCUGGUCCCCCGGCCCCCACUGCCCCCGGCCCACCCCAGCCUCCUCUGCGCCCCCCGUCCCAGCCCCCAGAGGGACCCCUGCCCUCGGCCCCCCACCUCCCUUCAGCCUCCACCUCCUCUGCCACACCUGCCACCUCCUCCGAGACACCCACCAGGCUGUCAGCCCCAACAACGGCCGACUUCCAGCUCCAGUUCCCAGCCGGUCAGGGACCCCACAAGUCCCCCACGCCCCCUCCCACCCUCCACCUGGUCCCCGAACCCACAGCACCCCCACCGCCACCUCCUCGGAGCUUCCAGAUGGUGACACCCCCCUUCACCGCGCUGCCCCAGCCCAAGGGUCUUCUGGAAAGGUUUCACCAGGUGCCGACUGGAAUCAUUAUCCAGAACAAGGCUGGGGGGACCCCCGCCGCCCCCCAGACCUCCACCAGCCUGGGGCCCCAUGCCAGCCCCACUGCCUCGGUGCUGGUCAGCGGGCAGGUCCCAUCCGGAACUGUCGCUGCCCCCAGCCAUCCCCCUGCCCCAUCACCCAUGACCACUGCAGGCCACCCUCCUCUGCUUCCUGCCGAGAGCAAGUCUUUUCCCAGCAACCUCGCGCCCCUGAGUGUGGCCAAGGUGGGCAAGUCCUCGGGACUGCAGGGUGAGAGCCGGCUGGGUAGUGCCAAGAAGCAGCCCACGCUGCAGCCCAGCAAGGAGGCCUGUUUCCUGGAGCAUUUGCACAAACAUCAGGGCUCCGUCCUGCACCCCGAUUACAAGACCGCCUUCCCCUCCUUCGAGGAUGCUCUGCACCGCCUCCUGCCUUACCACGUCUACCAGGGCGCCCUGCCCUCCCCCAGCGACUAUCACAAGGUGGAUGAGGAGUUCGAGACGGUCUCCACGCAGCUGCUGAAGAGGACCCAGGCGAUGCUCAAUAAAUACCGCCUCCUUCUGCUGGAGGAGUCCCGGAGGGUGAGCCCCUCGGCAGAGAUGGUCAUGAUUGACCGGAUGUUCAUCCAAGAGGAGAAGACCACCCUCGCACUGGACAAGCAGCUGGCCAAGGAGAAGCCAGACGAAUACGUGUCUUCCUCGCGCUCGCUCGGCCUCCCCGUCACCGCAUCUUCCGAGGGACCCCGGCCCGCGGGGCCCGGCCACCCGCCGCCCGCGGCCGCCGGGGCCCCGGCGCCGCCGCCGCUGCACCUGCCCACCAAGCUGGUGAUCCGGCACGGCGGCGCGGGCGGGUGCCCAUCGGUCACCUGGGCCCGGGCGGCGGCGGCGGCCUCACCGGCCGCCUCGGCCCUGGACGCCGAUGAGGACGGCCCGAUGCCCUCGCGCAACCGGCCGCCCAUCAAGACGUACGAGGCGCGCAGCCGCAUCGGCCUGAAGCUCAAGAUCAAGCAGGAGGCCGGCCUGAGCAAGGUGGUGCACAACACGGCGCUGGACCCCGUGCACCAGCCGCCGCCCAGCGCCCUCAAGGCGGCCGAGACGCCGCCGCCGCCGCCGCUGCCCGCGCCCGGCCAGAUGAACGGCUCCGUGGAGCACCCGCCCGCGGCCGAGCGCAAGGCCCCGGCGCCGCACUGCCCGCGCCUGCCCCUGCGCAAGACCUACCGGGAGAACGUGGAGGCGCCGGGCGCGGCCGACGGGGGCGCGGCGGCCGGCCGGGCGCGCGCGGGCAGUUCCCCCCCGCCGCCGCUGCCCAGCAAGGUGGACGAGGCCACUAGCGGCCUGAUCCGCGAGCUGGCCGCCGUGGAGGACGAGCUGUACCAGCGCAUGCUGAAGACGGCGCCCCCCGAACCCCCGGCCGGCGCCGGCCAGGGCAGCGGCAGCCGCGAGCCGGCCUGGGAGGGGCCCCCGCUGCCCGCGCUGCCCCCCGCCAAGCGGCGCAAGUCCGAGUCGCCGGAUGUGGACCAGGCGAGCUUCUCAAGCGACAGCCCGCAGGACGCGGCGCUCACCGAGCACCUGCAGAGCGCCAUCGACAGCAUCCUCAACCUGCAGCAGGCCCCGGGCCGGCCCCCCGCCGCCGGCGCGCCCGCGCCCCCCGCCCCGCACCCGCACCCCGCACCCGCCGCGCGCUCGCCCCUGCACAGGCCCGACGCCUACCCGCCCGCCAGCCACAACGGCGGCCUGGGCGCCAGGACAUGGGACAGAUAACAGCGGGGGGCUGCCCCGCGGGGGGACCCUCGCGCCCGCCACGCAGACCUCAGCCUCCGGGGGCACAGCUGGGAACCCCCGCCCCGCCCCCCAGUUUCUUGCCUAAGUUAUUUGAGUCACAAAGGCCUCCCUCC